AUUCUCACGAUUAUAUUUCAAUUUUUCCGUUUUCAUUAGACCAAUCAAUAUUAUCGAAAAGGAGCCGUAUUUGAUGUUGAAAAAAUCAUUUUGCCAUCCAUCAUAAUGGAUAUGCAGCAACAAACACCGCCUCCUCUCUCACCAGAAGUAAUGGUAUGUCAGGCUUUACGAGCCGCUACCGACAGCAAUCAUGAGGUGGUACGCAAAGCUGAGGCCCAGCUGGUAGAAUGGGAAUCACAGACGGGGUUCUUUCCGACGUUAACACGUUUGUGCUUGGCUGCGGUGGGCGAUCCGAAUAUUAUCCAACAGCUGGAUGUCAAUGUCCGUUGGAUGGCCGUGGUCUACCUGAAGAAUGGCAUUAAUAAGUAUUGGCGUAAGGGCAUGCGUCAGGAAUUGUCGCCGGAGGAAAAGCAGCAAAUACGUGACCUGCUGCUGAUGCAUUUCUCGAACGAGCCCAUUCCCCAGGUUUCAUUGCAAAUUGCGGUGCUGAUGGCACGUAUUGCACGCAUAGACUGUCCGCACGAUUGGCCACAACUGAUGCCCGAACUGCUGAAGCGUAUACAAGCAUUCUCCGCCUCGAACACUGCUGGCUGUGAAUCCCUGAAAAGCGGAGAACUACAACGGGUACUGCUGACGUUGCAUCAUGUCAUUAAGGCCUUGGCAUCGCGUCGCAUAUGGGGCGAGAGGAGAGUCUUCGAGGAGCUGACUAGCAACAUCUAUGAGUUUCUCUAUCAAAUGUGGGAAACGUACUGCACACUGUUCUUCCAUCAGCUGAAAGAUGGCCAGCCCAUGUUGGCCAAAACCACGCUGGAGAUUGCAGUGUUGUGUACUCGGAUCUUGCGGAAGCUAACCAUUUAUGGUUAUAUGAAGCCACAAAACUUCCCUGUUUGCUUACAAUUUGUAGAGAAGUUAUUCGGACGCUUGAAGCAGUGCCUAAGUGUCCGCUACGAACUGCGCCAAUUGAAUGCCGACGAAAACUUGGUCAGCCUGCUGGAAAAGUUGAUUUUGAAACAGAUGAAAACCCUGCUGGAAUUCCAAGAUACACAUGCCGUGGCCUUUAAGAAUUUCGUACCCAUGGCCCUGCAGUUCACAUUCGAUCAUGUCUUCCAUGUUAGUGCUUAUCUGAUAUUCACCGAAAACGUCAUAAAUUUUCGCCAAUUUGCCAUACACUGUAUCAAUUUGAUGAAGGGUCUAAUGUCACCGUUCUAUUGGCAGAAAAUCGACAACUUCUUGGAUAAUGAAAAUAGCCAGGACUUGGAGAUACGUUCAUCGCUGGAAACCUUUUUCACCGAGGAGCGCUUAAGUUAUAUUUGUGAGAAAAUUAUUACACAUUAUUUUAUUCUGACACAAAUCGAAUUGGAUUUAUGGCUGGAGGAUCCGGAGGAGUUUGCCCAAGAUGAUAGUGGUGGUGAUACAUGGAAAUAUGCGUUGAGGCCUUGUGUUGAGACUCUCUUUACGGUGUGCGUUACCAAUUAUCAAGCUCAAAUGUCAGCAGAAGUUGUGAAAUAUGUACAGAAAGCUCAACAAAUACAGCUGACAGCGGAAUCGGAUCUAAAAGAUAUCUUACUCAAAGAUGCAAUUUACAAUGCAGCAGGGCAGGCUUCAUUACAUUUAUUUAAUGAACUCGAUUUCGAUGCCUGGUUUAGUGGUCAACUGUUGAAUGAACUGAAAAUCGAUGCACUUAAUUUUCGUAUUCUAAGAAGACGUAUCAUAUGGCUACUGGGCGAAUGGGCUGGUGUUAAUUUUUCGCGUAAUCUACGACCCUUGGCAUAUGAGGCAUGUUUACAUCUUCUGCGACCAGCUGAAGAUAUGUCCAUCCGUUUGGCAGCAUCCAGUACAUUAUCCAUAUUAAUAUCUGAUUUUGAUUUUGCUCCCGAAUCCUUCCUACCCUAUUUGGAACCCUCGUUCAAUGCUCUCUUCAUUCUGUUGCGUGAAGCCAAAGAAUGUGAUACCAAAAUGAAAGUAUUGGCUAUUAUGUCAUCGCUGGUGGAGAAAAUGAGUGAUAACAUUGAACCCUAUGCCGAUAGUUUAAUAUCAUAUUUACCUCUGCUAUGGAAAGAAAGCGAGGACUAUAGUAUGCUGCGGUGUGCUAUCAUCUGUACACUACAACAAGUUGUGAAAGCGAUACGUGACAUACCGGAGAAAAUGCGUCCAUUUUUGUAUAGUGUGAUUGCAUUGAGUACUGAUCUGCAGGAACCCUCUCAUAUAUAUCUCAUCGAAGAAGGUCUCUCAUUAUGGGUAGCUGUUGUUGAAAAUUCCACAAGCAUGUCGGCGCCACUCAUCGAUCUAUGUCGAAACAUUAUGCCGAUCAUCGAAAUGUCAUCGGAAAAUCUACGUACUGUACUGGUGUUGAUACAAGCCUAUAUCCUAUUAGAUGCCAAUGCUUAUUUGGAACGUUAUGGACGUUCAUUUGUCGACUUUUGUAAUCGUAUGUUUGACGAUAUACGUCCCGAGGGUAUAAUACUUAUGGUGAAAGUAUUGGAGAUAUGUUUGAAAACCGACACAACAAAUGGUCUGGAAUUGGUGCGGCCCGUUUUACCCUAUAUUUUCCGACAAGUUUAUAGCAAUAAAGAUUUUCCUAUGCUAAUGGGAAUGUACCUAACGAUGGUGGCACGCGUUUUGCUCAUAAGUCAACAGGUUUUCAUGGAAGUCAUACAGGAACUGCAACAACCAAAUGCCUUGGAAACCAUUCUAGAUGUAUGGAUCACAAAAAUGCCUUUGGUCACAGAAUUGGAGAAAAUCAAAUUAUUCUCGUUGGCCUUUUUAUCGAUAUUUUCCAAUAAUCCCAUAUUGUUGGAACGUUUUCCCGCCAUUAUGCAAAAUAUUGGUGAUGCUCUGUUCGAGGUGAUGCGUGAAGAUGACGAUGGUCAACAACAGCCGUUGACUGAUACAGACGCCAAUGCGCCACAAGAAAACAAACCCGUGAAAUAUUGCGAUUCAUUGGUAUUUGCCGAUGAAUAUGAUUUGGAUACGAGUAGUUAUUGUACCAUGGAUGAUUUUGAUUAUAAAACCUAUCACUAUGAUCGUUGCCGGCAGUUGUCAUUAAAGGAUCCGGUACACAAGAUUGCUUUACCGCAAUACAUCGAAUGGCAGUUGGGGAAUUUACGUACCCAACUCGGCGAUGAAGGAUAUCAGCAGCUAAUGCGUACGGUGUACCCAGCCGUAUUGGAAAGAUUUUCUCAAUUUGUUAAUUUACAAAUUAAUUUCCCCAUAAACUAGCAGC